GACGUUUGAUGUGAUUUGAUUUUCGUCUGGAGAAUCUGGUAUAUAUGCCUCCAAGUCAGUUGCAUCCACCUUUCCUUCUCCCUUCUGACUACUGCACAUAUUGGACAUAUCAAGUUCCGCUAUUCUUCUGCAAGCACGCCCAAGAAUAAACAUACAACAUUUGAAAACUCCUUCACCUCUCACACCACAAUCAUGGCUGCCGCCGUGGACCACACCACUUCGGACAUGCCCCCCAAGUUUCCCCUCGCUUAUCACUCGAUCAACAACGAAGAAGGAGCCUCAAAUCCAGCCGAUCCAUCCAACAAAGCUCGUCUAGACGCAAUUGCGAGGGCCGUCUUGAAAGCUUCAUCCAUCACCCCGAAUGUAGACAGUCUAACUCGAGAAGAUAUCCAAGCAGCUCACAUCUUGAUGAAGAUGAGUGGAGCUUCAUGGUCAAUUGGAGACGGGCAACCCAGUGAUGCUUCUGACAUCUUCGGCCUAGCCGGCUUGAAGCAAUCAAGCAUCAGCAACUCACCAUAUAAAGAGCACAAACCAGACGUGUUCACUGGAUCUAAAUUGUUCUCUUCCGAAGGAAAAAGGUCCCCCUCAGUCGAACCAUCACCCGAGUCUUCUCCGCCGAUAGAAUAUCUUGAUCGAAAAGUCGGGCCUCUCGGACCGUGGCCAUCUAGAGACUCUACUAUUGAGGAAUGGCAGCCGUUACUCACGAAAAUGAAUCUCAAACCCUGGCAUUAUCCGCCCCAAAAAGCGAAACCCGGCCACGCACCACAACACGGCUCGGUGAAGAGCGGGCUUCCAACGUGGAACUUUGUAAUGUAUAUCAUCCUCAACCGGAUUCCUGGCGGCCGUCUGAGGUACAAUGAGCUCUAUCGGCUGAGCCUUGCUCUGUGUCCGGCUCUCGGACCCGUUGACGACACGAAAAACAGCACUUGUCGACAUGGUCUUACGACAGGAACUGAAUUUGGGAUGGAUGAUGCUACUGGGGGUGGAAAGUGGCAUCGUAUCGCGACUCUGGCGGAAGAGGUGAAUGCAAAAAAGAAGAAAGCCAUAGAAGCGGCAGCAAAGAGAGCAAAGAAAGAGGAAAAAGCGCGAGAAAAGAAGGAAAAAGAAGAGGAAGCAAAGGAAGAGGAACCAAUGGAGAAGGGAGAAGGAAAAGAGAAGACAGCCAAAUCGCAAAAAUCAAAAGCCCCAAAACGCACACCGAAAAAGAAAUCAACAGGACAAAAGGCUAACAGCGAAGCAACCACAACCCAAACAGAAACACACGCAACCCAGAGUACCACGACGCAAACCAACCCAACCCCCCAAAACGAGGAAGAACCAGAACAGAGACCAGCCAAGCGCAAACGCACUCGAGACGCCAACUCCUCAGUCUCCGCUUCCCCCCGCCGCCGUCCCACCCCCACCCCGCCUCAAACCUCCGUCACCGCCGUCACCGCCGUCACCGCCCCCUCCACCUGGACCGAACCUCCACUCGCCCCUCCCACAGGAGUCCUCGGAAGAUCCCCACGACCCGAACCCGAGUCUUCAACCAAACGCACCCGCAAACCGAACCCUAGAUUCGAAGCUGGCCAGAACCCCACUCCCCCCAGCCGGAAGAGAAAGAGGUAG